UUUUGUCUCAUUUUUAGGAGGGAUUUUCCCCUUUACCUCUUCACCCCUUUUCCCCUUUUUUUCAACAUGGGCUCAUUUUUUGCUUAUUUUUGAACAAUUUUGCCUCGUUUUUGCUCCUUUUUUUGAGAGGUCAUGCCCCUUUUGGUGAUUUGUAAAGGACCACUCUGCUGGAUUUUGGGAAAAUUAAGGCGUGAAACUCUUUUAAACAUUUUGCCUUCAUCUACUCGUCGAGAUGGAAUGGAAACUUUAGAAGAGUAUGAGACAAACUCUACCCAAUCAUUAACUGAAGGAACGAGUCAAACAACUCCGGAUUAUACUGAACUUCAUGGGGGAUCGGUUCCCUGCCCUUCCUGUAAAGGUUCUGGACUUAUCCCAAAAGAAUUGGAAGGUACUUUGGUUGCUCUAAUUCCCGUGAAUGAUGAAAGACUUAAACCAAAACGGACUUGUUUAAUCGUCUCUUUUUGGGUUUCUCUCUGUGUUUUUGUUGGAAGUGCUUUAAUUUUUUUGUUGAUGCCUAGAACUGUGACUUUAAAUUCGAAUAGAGGGCCGAUUGAAAUUGUGUAUGUUACUGGACGGGAUGCUAAUCAUUCUUCUUUCAUUGAUUUUCACUUUAUGAAUAAAAUUAACGUAACAAGUGGAAAUUAUAUUCCAGUCGAUUUGGUUAAUAUUACAUCAAUUAUUACUUCAAAAUUCCAGCCUUGGUCAACUGACGUUGUUGGACACGGUCUAAAUAAAAGUUUUACUGAAACUUCUCCUCUAAUUUUGUAUCGGACAACGAGGGAAUUGGCUUUUAACAAUUCUGUGUCUUUAAAAGGAAUUAUUGCGUGA